ACAGGACAGAAGCAGAUGCAUGCUAAGUAUUAAUGUGCGCCGGCCUCUGCUGCAGUGGGCAUUUUGCCAGCGUCUCAUGCACAUUCAGAUUUUGGCCUGCUGUGCGAUGUUUGGAGCGUUCAUUCUGCCUCGCUUGUUUUCAGGCUGGUCUGGAAUGUUGACUCACUCCAUCUCCCCGGCACAUUGGGAAGCGGGCACAUGGCACGAGGAAGCUCUCAUCAUCAUUGCAUCAGGGAGACAGGUAUUGACUGAGCACUGAGCAGUCCAGAUAUUGAUUGAAAGCACAGCCUCAGCCUCUCUGGGGUGUGUGUGUCUGUGUGUGUGUGUGUUUCUCCCACCGGGGCGGCUGGUUACGUCCUUCUGGUUCAUUGCAUUUAAUCGGAUUCCCUGAACUACAGAGCAGAGGCAGAGAAUCAGCUCAAAAAUCCAUCUCCCUCCCUCGACAAUGUUCACUUCAAAAUCCAACACGGUGUCUCCUUCGCCAUCGAUGGAACCUGCCGAUUCGGAUGCCUUGGAUAUCAGCACCAAAGUGCAGCUGUAUGGAGUGCUCUGGAAGAGACCCUUUGGGAGACCCUCAGCCAAGUGGUCCAGGAGGUAAGUGUUUGGAAAGAGCUGCCGUCACAAUGAAAAGGCUCCCUGGGGAGAUGGGGGGGCAGGGGACGACAAUAGAGUUUGUGCUGGUGGGGGAGAGCCAGAAAAUCGAGGGAAGCCUCCGAGGGACACUCAAGCCAGGCAUGAAAAACGGUCCCAUGACCAAGCAGAUGGGUUCAAGAGUUGAGGGGAGAGCUCAGCAAGUAUGCUAAGGUUGUGUUUGACACAGUGUUGUAAGAGAUCAGCUGCAGCUUCAUAGCAUCUGUAGGCUAGCAGGUAUGUGUAGUGGCAUUUGCUCUCCUUGGAGACUGGCAUGGGGUCUCUCUCUGCUGCCCUCUGUGCCCCAGGGAAAGAAAACUGGAGCUAGCAUUGGGCUAGCUUUAAGACAGAAUAUGUGUGGCAUUUUGAAGUUCACAGAAUACUUGGGUUUGGGGGACCAGGUGCUUUUUAGUAGAUUGUGGUGCUGCCCUCAGUGGGGAUUUUGGGGGAACAAACACAGUUGAUCAGAAGUUGUGCCAGGAACUGAAGUAGCGGCUUUCCUCCCUUUUGGCUGAAUGAUGUGUGAACUGAAUCCCAGAAUUCUUUUCUGGGUAACUAGUUGCAUGACCUGAAGGCAGGACAUGGGGCAAGUAUGGCAGGGAGGAGUUGUGUUGUGAGUGAUGUCGCAGGUACUAUCCAAUAGGGGUCUGUGACUUUCAGCCAUGUUGCGUUUGCUCUCACAAUUGCCACGCUAGCUGGGGAAGGUUGUGGUUUGAGCCGAGAAUGUGUAACGUCCCCAUAAUGCAGACACAUUUCCUUUACAAAAAAAGACAUCUGAAUGUCUACAAAAAGUGGAGGGGGUUGUGUAGGCGUUUUGCCCAUUUUGGAUGGGAUCUGAGCAUCAGUGGUUCUGUGAAAUGAGUAUUUUGAGACGCCCAUGACAAUUUCUUAGGAUACCAAAUGUGCCCCUGGACCUAGUAAUAUUGUGGACCCGCAUCUCAGGCCCAGAUGGAACUUGCUCCUGAGUAAAUGGGGAGUAGGAGUGCUGUGGGGACCAAGUGAUGUAUUAUGAGUCAUGUGGAACUGGUCCUGCUUCUACCUGAUGGAUAAAUCUGGAUAAGAGAUUUGACUACAAAUACUCAUACAUAAUUUAAGACAUUGUGUCACCAUCAACAGUAAAGUACCUUCAUGAAGAAAAGACUACUCUCAGCGACGUUUUUCCCCUUCCUGUCGUCUUUCCUUUUGUUUCAUAAGUUCAGCAUGACACAAGUUUUGUUAAUCUGUUACGAGAAGAAAAUGACAGCCAAGGUGCUUUGUGUUUACAAGAAAGUCCUAUUUAAAAUUCCAGAGUCAUGGUGUUUCUGAAAGGAGCCAAGGACUGGUGGUUUAUCCCCUGUGAGAGAGAACGCUGAAGGGCAAAAGAUUCCUUCACAGUUGGCAGAAAGUUGUCUCCGAUGCUCAUUUCCUCCAAACUAAAUUGCUUACAUGCAACUCCGGCCUCAGAGCGUAAUUAUUAAUGCAGCAGUUUUAUUGCUGGAAGUGGUCACUUUUAGCAGGCAGCAUUACUCAAAUGCGUAUAUGCAUCUAAGCUGCAAGAAUCGGGGGGGUGCUAGUUGCAGGACAGGCAUGGGGAACUUAUAGGUCUUUCCCAGAAAUACAAGGGUCUUUCCGAGAUCUUUCUUAAGAUGUCAGGAAUGAAACAAGAGAUUUUUUGCUUGCCAAGCAUGUGCACCAAAUUUGGGAUCUUUUUUGGGGGGGGGAGGGAGUAACUUCCUCCUGUAAUGAAGGAACAACUGCAAGAACCUGUCUUGUUCAUCUAACCUAGCAUUGCCUACUCUGAUUGGCAGUAGCUCUCCAGACUUUCAGGCAGGGGUUUCCCCGAGUCCUACCUGAAGAUGCUGAGUAAUAGAUUUCUCCCAUUCUAAAUCCUUUCCCAAAGUUCCUUUCUGACAUACAGCAUCCCACCCCACCCCUAGUUUGGUCAACAGACCUUUUCACUGUUUUGAUCUAACCCCAUGGCUGCUUUUGGACGUAUCUCCAGCAUCACCUGACUGCUCCAGCCCUGAGUCAUCAUCAUUUGUCACAGACUCAUAGACUUUUAGAGUUGGAAGGGACCCCGGGGGCUAUCUACACUCCAACCCAACCCUCUGCAAUGCAGGAAUUACAACAAAAGCAUCCAUGACAGAUGGCCAUCCAACCUCUGCUUAAAAACCUCCAGUGAAAGAGAGCUCACCACCUCUCAGGGGAGUCCAUUCCACUGCCCAACAGUGUCCAGGGCCACUAAGAUGAGCUUCAGACCUAAUCAGAGAAAUUAAGCUGAGUGUUUCGUAUCCCAACCCAAUACUCAGCAGCCACAAUACUGGACCACCUCCUGGCAAGGAAGGGAAGCCGUCUUCUGCCCAUAGUGCAGCUGGUGCAAAGGGAAGGACAGGUUAGGUUAAUCCAAGGGAACGCAAGGGACUCUUUCUGCUAACAUAGCUGGUCUCUCUGGUGCAUGUGUGACCCCACCCUCCUCUGUUGUACUUUCCUUAUAAGUCCCUACCACCACCCUGAAUUAAGGCUUUAUUGGCAAGAGAAGUUGGCACUGAAGAAGAAUCUACCCAGGAUCAUCUACAUGCCUCCUCUGUUUGAACAGGACCACCAGAGAAGUGUCCUUCUCCUUUGAAGGCAUCCUUUGCUUGCAAUGCUGUGUGUUCCAAGCCCGGUUUAGAGAUAAAGACCAGAACAGAAUGCCCACCUAGAUAGGCUUUCAGCCUGAUCCAGUGGGUGGUAUUUGCCGUCCCAUUUAUUGAUGAAGAGUGGUCACAAGAAAUGCUGGUGAAAUUUUUGGUACAACUGUACUGCCCAUUCCUAAUAGCAUUAUGUAUUUGAAUAGAACUUAACCACGAUACAUAAAUAUAGGGAAUAACUGUCAUUUAGAAGCUUCAUGACAAUAAUGGUAUGUUGUUUGUUAACUUUGCUGCCUUAACUGUGCAUUCUGUAGUUGACCUCCUUUGUAAAGUUUUAUUUUGAAAUCUUUAAGAUAACCUUUUAGUUUCCUGUUUCCUGUUGCUUUGAACGUAUACUGUACUUUAUAUUUGACUUUCUUCAGUAAUGUUUUAUUUGGGAUUGCUUUAUUUGAUGUAGGUUUAUAUUUCUUAAAAAUAUAAAGCAGUAUAGAAAUGAUAAUGAUAAUAAUAAUAAUAAUAAUAAUAAUAAUAAUAAUAAUGUAGAGGAAGCAAGUUUUUAAAAAGCUCCUCAUUGUUUCACCGUCACCUGCCCAGGAACAUUUUUGGACCCAUCUGUGACCUGCACUUUGAGAAGCACUGCACUAUACUAAGGUUCCAAAGCCAUAUAAGAGUCAUGAUUAAUUAGAGGAAAUAUCUGGACAAACUUUAGUUAACAAUUCAGGAUGGUCAGACAGAAAACUGCAGUUAACAAACAGGGACACAGCACAAAUCUUAUGCUCUCAUCCACACCAAAUGUCUGUUGCCUGACCUAUUUAAAUAGCUUUGGAAAUCCUCCUGGCUUCGGUUGAUGGGAGUUGUAGUCCAGCACAUCUGGAGAGUAGCUGGUUGGGGAAGCCUGUCUUAGCCUUCCAGGCGGCACAUGCAUCCGACUGAGCAGUUUCAAAACUGAACCGCCCUGGAGGCUGCCUUGUUCCACUUUUACUGGAAUAUCCCCAGAGGAGGAAAAAUCACCCCAACAUCAAUUAGUUGCUAUACUUAGUUCCUGGAGCUAUUCCAAAAAAGCAUAGUGGGCUCCAAGACCCAACAACGAUGUUAUAAUCUGCGGGGAAUACUUAACACAGCCCUUUUAUGUUUUCAAAAAGCACUUAUGAAUAUUACCUAACUAAUCUCAUUGACUGUGUGUAUUAGGAACAAAACAUUUAUGGGUGGAAAACAGGCUUUUGUGGAGUUGAUCCCACAAUCUGGCUCUUUUUCUUUUUUUCAUAUAAGCAGUCUCAGUCAUGCCAGGUAUGUGUACAGAAAAAACAUACUGUGUGAGUCAGCAGUUUGUGAAGGUAGUUCUCUGGAAAGAACACAUGAGGCAGAAUCAGUGCCUGGAUAUGAUAAUGUACUGGAUGUCAGUAAAAAAACAACACACCUGAGAAUCCAGAAAAGCUGGACAUAGCAUUAGUAACUAGCUCACCUGUCCAGGUGUGUGGAGUUCAACCUGUUCUGAAGGGGGUUACGCGCUCCCUAAAGCAGGAGUGUGGAGCCUUCCACCUGUGGGCAAUCAACAUAAUAAACAUUCCUGAACAUUAUGUCCUCCGGCUAGAAUUAGCAACACUGUGACAGUGGGAGCUUAUACAAUUGUCACUUGAACCCUCAGAUUUCUUCUGGCAUCAUUAAUGUGAGUACUAUACUCCCCUACCAUGAACAGUUUUUGUCUAUUUUUGUUGUUGUUGUCUUUUUUUAAAAAGGCAAAAGGUAAAGGUACCCCUGCCCCUACGGGCCAGUCAUGUCCGACUCUAGGGUUGUGCGCCCAUCUCACUUAAGAGGCCGGGGGCCAGCGCUGUCCGGAGACACUUCCGGGUCACGUGGCCAGCGUGACUAAGCUGCUCUGGCGAGCCAGACCAGCGCAGCACACGGAAACGCCGUUUACCUUCCCGCUAUAAAGCGGUACCUAUUUAUCUACUUGCACUUAGGGGUGCUUUCGAACUGCUAGGUGGGCAGGAGCUGGGACCGAAAGACGGGAGCUCGCCCCACCGCGGGGAUUCGAACCGCCGACCAUGCGAUCGGCAAGUCCUAGGCACUGAGGUUUUACCCACAGCGCCACCCGCGUCCCUUUUAAAAAAAGGACGCUUCAUCAAUUUCUGGAUAUCUUCUGUACUGAAUCCUCUAAAAGGCAGCAGAGACAACACUUAUCUCCAGCUGUAGGGCUAACCUCCACAACACUUAAGUUCAGAGAACAGAGAUUCCCUCAGCUGAUUUUUCCUCUCAAAGAGGGUUAAGUUCCAGUCUUGGUGCUGUGAGGUGCUUUUUGCUGUCCUGCACCUGACGUCAGGCAACCGGCAUUGGGAUAAGGAUAAGUAUUGGCAUAAAGCGUAAGGAUAAAUGUGGCUGUAUUUUUAUGGAUACCUCCCAUGUCUAAUUUAGGAAGUUGGGCUCAAGCAGGAUGGAGGACUAGAAUGGGAAAGCAAUUCCACACAAAUGCCUUUUGAAGGACCACACCUGUCAGGGGUUCAGGGAGAGAGGCACAGGGUAGGCAGGAGAUGGAGAGCGAGGGGGAGGAAUUCCAAGCCAGCGAGGAAGAGGAUGACAAUGACUCAAGAGAUUCCAUGAGUCUUUCCAGCGAAUCAGAGGAUUCCCAGAAGGGGGCGCUGGUGGUCAAGGCCAGGGGAGCCCCAGGGGGGAAGUGUCAGGAGCAGGGUGCUAGCGGAAGAUCCCAAAGUGGCAGCUGGGCGUCAGGACCAGCCUCCCCACCAGAGUGCAGCGAAGGGGGUGGAGUUUCCAGUGUGUCAGAGGAAGCAGCUCCAGCAGCAGAGAAAGGAGGGGGGGUCAGAGCAAGCCGCCCUCCCGGAAGGGGAGGGGAGCAGUGAAGGGAGUAGUGUAACUGUCAAAAGGAAAGUUAGAGGUUUGGCGCGCGCCUAGUUCAAAUGUAGAGGCGCGCGGAAGUGCAGGGAGCCCGGAGGAGGGGCCAGGUCCCAAAGCCCGCAGGAGGGGGGAAGAGCAGUCUGGGGAUUCCGCAUCAGAGGAAUCCAGGAGGGGCGAAACCCCAGUGGGCAGAAGGACCCUGCGGAAAAGGAAGGAGAGAAAGAGGUGGAGCAGCGCAAGUCUCUUAAAUUGGUGCAGGGGAGGAACUGACUCAGAGGGGACUUCGGCGGUCUAGCGUAAAAGACGUAAGGCUGCGCGCCUAGGAUGUCAAGCAAACCAUGAACUACAAUAAACACUUUUGUAUAUAAGAAGACAGAGGCGUUGGUCUUUUGUGAGCUAAGACUUGAGGCAGCCUUGACAACACCUGAUUUCUGCACUUAAGUCUUCUCUAGUAUUGUCUUUAAAAUUCCUGGAAUCCAUAUUAUUAUACCUUUUAAAAAUGAAGAGUUUAUAUUUUUCGGGGGCUAUAAGUGAAAUGCUGAAGACCAUAAUUUCUUGUGAUGUGAGUUCUAGUGGCGGCGGCGGCGGGGAGGGGGAGGUAUCCCACCACGGUCACAGUCAAACAGACUUGUCAGGUUCUUCUAGUGCAGCAAAAUAAUCAAGUCUGCACAGCGUGGGCAGCGAUCUUUCACCAUGCCAUCUUUCACUCAUGGAAAAGUCACCAUCCACCUCCAGCCUUCAGUUCUUUGCUAAGAAAACAAGGUAUUCUGGAAGACCAAAUGCAAAGAAAUCUUUAACACUAGAAAGCCCAGAGUGUGGCCACAAAUGAAGCAACUUUGCUCACUUGACGGAAUGGAAGUAAAAAAUGAUUCUCCCUCCUCCUCCACCAUCACCACAUGCCCUGCUAAGUGGGUUCAAAUAUUGACAAUAACAAGAAAAAGGCAACUGGCUCCUAAUGAAGUUGGCGAUAACAGAUGUUGGUGCAGUGGCCAUGGUGUCAGACUAGGACCUGGGAGACCAGGGUUCGAAUCCCUGCUUGGCCCUUGGCGCUGUGAUCUGAGCCUCUUGGGCUUGCCAAUCAGAAGGUUGCUGUGCCCCACCUCCUGCCAACCCAGCAGUUCGGAAGCACACCAGUGCAAGUAGAUAAAUAGGUACUGCUGCGGCAGGAAGGUAAAUCGUGUUUCCAUGCACUCUGGUUUCCAUCACAGUGUUCUGUUGCACCAGAAGUGGUUUAGUCCUGCUGGCCACAUGACCUGGAAAGCUGUCUGUGGACAAACACUGGCUCCCUCGGCCUGAAAGCAAGUUGAGCACCGCACCCCAUAGUCACUUUUGACUGGACUUGACCGUCCAGGAGUCCUUUAUCUUUUUACCUUUUUUACCUCACCAAUUUUUUAUGAGGGUAAUAUGGAGAGGGUGACCUUGAGUUUCCUGGAUGAAAGGUGAGAGUCAUUACAUAUCUCUAGGCAUGAGGCAAAAAACAUUUUUCUUCUCCCAGGCCUUCCGUUUAUUAAACAAUCUAUGGCCUUUUAAACUGUGUGUGUGGUUAUUAUUAUUGUUUGAUAUCAUGUUAUGUAUUUUUGUGUUUUUAUAUUGUAAAUUGCCCUGUGAUCUUUGGCUGAAGAGUGGCAUAGAAAUGAAUGAAUGAAUAUAACUAAACUAAAUAUUAGAGAGUCCCUAGACUAACAAUUUGCAUUUGAGAUGGGGAUGCAGAGAUUUGCAUUUAGCCAUGCUAUUAUUGACGAAAUUGCUUCUGGAGUGAUUUACUGAGGAACUGGAGAAAACACCUAUCCAAGCAGGAGCUUCUGGGGAUGAUGAAUCAAGAGGCCCUUAUUCUGCUCAGACAGAAAGUGCCUUUCCUUUGCCAAGGCUGAGAAUUGGAAUUGCUCUGAAAUAUAUUAGCAAUUAAGGGCAAACCUAUCAUCUAAAGAAGUAUUGGGAGCUGCAAACCUCUCAAGCUCCUUUUGUCACUUUGAGAACAUUCAAAACAAAUCUCCAGCCUGGAUAAUUACAUUUCACUUUAGGCUUCAAAUCCCUAGACAAUGUCAGUGGGUUCUAUAUUCAGUUUUUUCAUACUCUGCUAGUGUUGCUUUGCCCCUUUCACACAUAAGAGCAAACAUGGGGGAACAGUGUAUCAUUCCAGUAUUUGGCCUCCUGAGAUUCUUAAGCCCUCCAGACUGCAGAGCUAAAACUUAAAUGCACAGAUAAUAUUCAUAGAACACUCUCACUGCUGGGAUGGAUUACAGUAGCAAGGGAACAUCCUUCAUCCCAUUAGAGGGUGAAUUCGUAGUCACCUCUUUCGAUCUAACUCCUUCUCUGGGUUUGCUGGUGAAAACCCCUCCACAAAGAUAGCCACCACCCACUGGCAUGCAGUCAGUGGACCCUUAAGGGGACUGGACUAGUCCCCUACAUGUUACCCUGGUACCUAUUUCCCAAAGCCCAGGAAGCUUCUGCCCGGCUUGGAGAGGGAGGCUGGAUGCUCAUGCAUAUGUGAUGACCCCUCCCCAAAAUAGCCCACGCACACCACUGCCUCAUCCAAGGGUGAAAAAUAACCACAUUCAGUGAUUCAGCCAAAUCCAUCCCCACUUUAUAACCCAAUGUGUAACUGUUUUCAGGUAGUAUCUCUUGUUUUUCAUGAAGUUACGUGUCUGUGUGUGUGUGUGUGUGUGUGUGUGUGUAAAACAAUACAAAUGAACUACUAGCAAUAAAAGGCCUUCUCAAAUUAUCUUCUAACUUGCUGACUCACAAUGUAGCAAUUUCUAACGAUGGAUAAAAUUAUUUUGAAUUAUUGUUUUGGCUGAUUAUGCCAAAAUCUGCUUCUGUCUGCCACCGUUUUAUGCCUGGCUCUGCCCCUGUGCCACCAUUUUGUGACUAGUGGGCCUCAGUAAUUUUCAGCCAUCUCAGGUGAGUCCUGAGGGUAGAAAAUUUGAAAGCCUCUAUUCUAAACCUUUCAGGUCUGAUAGUGUCAGGUCAGCCUAUUGGUUGGAAGCACAGAGCUGUAAGGGCAGCUACAAUACUAGCCGAUCAGCACAUGUCAUUGGAAGGAGAGAGUGUGGUGCCCAUUGCUAGAGAGAUCUGCAGGUCAAACACAAGGUUUGGUAAUGUUAGUACUUUCUACAGAAUCACGAUACAGUCCACCUGCAGUAUUGUCAUCCAUAUGAAAUUAUUGGGGAGUUAAGUGUUUUUAUAAAAUGUAAUAUUUCUGUCUUCCUUUCUUUUCAGGUUCUUUAUCAUCAAGGAGAGUUUUCUGCUUUACUAUGCUGAGAAUGAAAAGAAGAACUUUGAAAACAAUCGCUACUUUAAUAUCCACCCUAAAGUAAGCAGCAUCUGCAAAUGUGCUCCUCAUAGACACCUGGAGCUAGACUCUUGUGUAUCUUCUUCAUAGAAGAUAUCCCUGGAAGAACCUAGGUGUGCUAACUGGGCAUUAAAAACACGAAUGUGUAUAUUUAAAUAUACACUUUUAAAUAUGAAUGAAUGGGUAUCCAAUCAUUUCCACUGUGGGCACUUGAGUGUUGCCUAACUCAGGGGUCAACUGGUGGCACUAUGGGAGAUCUCAAUGAUUAAGCUGGGAUAUGAGGAUUCAAGUGGACCCACAGGUACUCUGGACCUUAGUUGUUCAGGGCUUUGUAAAUUAAUACAUGUACAUUCUAUAGUUCAUGUACAGUUUCUCAUAAGGCACCUUUAAAGAAAAGUCAAUGCACAUUUUCUCUCAAAGAAUUCUGGGCACUGUAGUUUUUUAAGGGUUGCUAGGAAUUCUAAUCCUCUGUGUGGUAAACUACAUUGCCCAAAAGUCUUUGAGGGAAAGAAUGUGCUUUAAAGAUAUAACAGUCUAAGAUAGAUCCAUAUUAUUAUGGCUGCUACUGCAGGGGGGCUGCAGCUGAAAAAGAGUGAUGUCGUCCGUGGCUGAGGGGAGAUCUAAAUGGGGGACUUUCUGGUUUUUCUCUAAUCUCCCCAAAGGAUGAGCUAGAAACCACCAUUGACCCUAACUCAUUUUAAGCUGUAAAGGUAAAGGGACCCCUGACCAUUAGGUCCAGUCGUGGCCGACUCUGGGGUUGCGGCGCUCAUCUCGCUUUAUUGGCCAAGGGAGCCAGCGUACAGCUUCCGGGUCAUGUGGCCAGCAUGACUAAGCUGCUUCUGGCGAACCAGAGCAGCACACGGAAAUGCCGUUUACCUUCCCGCCGAGCGGUACCUAUUUAUCUACUUGCACUUUGAUGUGCUUUCGAACUGCUAGGUUGGCAGGAGCAGGGACCGAGCAAUGGGAGCUCACCCCGUCAUGGGGAUUUGCACCGCCAACCUUCUGAAUGGCAAGUCCUAGGCUCUGUGGUUUAACCCACAACGCCACCCGCGUCCCAUUUUAAGCUGUAUCAUGCUGCAAUUCAGUAGGGAGUCACACGAACUAGUCUAAAUUUUUGGUGUGUCUCCACAGGGUGUCAUACCUCUGGGCGGCUGCAUCGUUGAAGCCAAAGAAGAGCCAAACAUGCCCUAUGCAAUGAAAAUCUCCCAUGAGGACUUCCACGUAAAGACAAUUUCUUUUGCAAGCCGCCAAUUAAGGAAUAAGCUGAGUGUGCUGACAGAUGAGAAAUGAAUGUGAUUGAAACUGCCGCAUGCAGGAAGCUGCCUUCUCCCGAGUCAGAUCGUUAGUCUAUCUAGCUCUAGGGACAUUCUAAAGAAAAGUGGGACAUUCCGGGAUUAAAUCAGAAACUGGGGCGGCUUCUGUAAAUCAGGGACAUCCCUGGAAAAUAGGGACAUUUGGAGGGUCUGUACCUGGAGAUGCUGAUGUCUGAACUUGGGAUUUUCUGCAUGCAAAUCUAAUGCUCUACAACUGAGCGACAGCCCUUCUUCCCCUGUUCAAUUAGCAUAAAACUGAUGUGUCUAGUACAGAUAUACUCCCUGGACACUCGUCAUACACAAGCAAAGAGGUUCAGGUGGACCUGGGAUUUGGGCCAGAUCAGACUGAGGCAGCUCCAAAUCACCCUAAGACAGAUUAGGUCCAUUCCACCCACUUUUCAUCCAGUCAAAAGUGGGUGCAGCCGGGUGUGUGUGUGUGUGUGUGAGAGAGAGAGAGAACUUCCUUUCUUCCCUUACUGACCGCAUGCUUAAUUGCAUGACUGGGCAAGGUCUACAAUCAGGAUUCGGGUGGCCCCAGAUCAUCCACGGUUGGAUCAGGACCGCUCAGAAACACUGGGUUAGGACCCAAAUCAGAUCAAUGGGCCCAUGCAACAGCCCUAAUAUUUUCAUACCGCUUCUCUCUUCAUAGCCGCUGUGUUUCUCUUUUAAGGGUACCAUUGUCCUGGCAGCAGAAUCAGAAUAUGAACAAGCCCAGUGGCUGGAAAUGCUACAGGAGUCCGGGAAAGUGUAAGUAUCUGAGGAGCUGCUCUGUUAGGCUUGCGCUUACUUUAAAGCUACUAUUUACCUAAGCUCUGGUUUCAUUAAUACUUUAAUUGUUAGUAUUAAUACUAUCUGCUGCUCUUUGGGGGCUGUGUCCCAAAAUAUAUAAUUUGUAGUAAUGGAGGGUAACAGAGAUAAUGGCAAGAAUAUGGCCACGGUCAGAAAUCUGUGAUGAGAAUGAAGAGCUUGCCUGCCCCUCUCCUCAACCCAGCCACAAGCAGAAAUUUUGAUGCCUUUGCUUCAGUUUUACUUUAACCAGAAUUCAGCAUUUUGUUCAGCCUCUCAACUGUGGUUAACGUUAACUGGAGUUCAUUUAAACAAGCCAUCUCCUGAAAUCUCCUGAAACUAUAGGUUGAAGUUGUUUUGUUUCAAACAAACCAUACUCAGUGUUAACCAGUGUGGUUAAGAAAAAAAGAGAACCAAAAGCUCCCAAACGCCUUGCAACUCCACCAGAGGAGGGGAGGGAAGAACAUGCAAGCCUGAUGGAGCUUGCAGCAGUUUGUUCUCAUCACACUAAACUACAAUUUAGUGGGGAGAUUUGGGGCUGGGAUCAAGUGGAAGUUGGGCAUGGCAACUGAAGUGGAGGGAUUUUCUGAGGGUAGGCAGGGAAUAACAGCCCUGGAAAGGGGAAUGGAAAUUGUGGGUUCAGUGGUACCUUGGGUUACAUACGCUUCAGGUUACAGACUCCUCUAACCCAGAAAUAGUGCUUCAGGUUAAGAACUUUGCUUCAGGAUAAGAACAGAAAUUGUGCUCUAGCAGCGCGGCGGCAGCAGGAGGCCCCAUUAGCUAAAGUGGUGCUUCAGGUUAAGAACAGUUUCAGGUUAAGAACGGACCUCCAGAACGAAUUAAGUACUUAACCCGAGGUACCACUGUAUAUCCGGCCAGAGUUAAGAACUUAGACACACAUUCCUAAUUCUCCCAGUGAAAUCAAUGGCAUUUAAAGGUACUUAACUCUGUCUGGAUUGUGGCUUUGACUCUGAGAAUGAAAGCUGCUUUCUCCAGGUACCACUGCAUCAUCAAGUCCCAGAUUUCAUAACUUCCUAGUAGGCACAUUGUUCUGACUAGCAGAACCACAAUACAUUUAAGACUAGGGAACUUUACAAAGUGGCCUCUGUACUUAGGUUACCGUGUCCAGGAGGGUUUAUUAGGCCACUUACUACUGUGGUUCUGUGGCCAGGAGAUGAGGUUCCUUCCCUCCUAGUCUAGAUGCAGGCAACUAGGACCAUAGAAGCAUUUCAAGAAGAUGAAUCUCAUUAUGUUCUUCUCAUCAGCAAUCACACAGCUCCCCAAAGUUCUACAAAGAAGUCUGUUACCCCAAGAUUCUUACCCUGCUUUUGCACACCUGUAAUAUUCAGCAAGCAUGUGGUUUUUUUACUAAGGCUGCAAACCUUUGCACACUCAGAUGUACUUCCAGUGAGUCCAGUGCAUAAACAUAAGAAGGACUGAGCGCUUGCAAUCCUAUGUUGAUUUAGGUGUGUUUUAUAUUGUUUCAGUGGGCUUAGGGACCCCACACUGAGCAUGGAACUGGACUGCAAGUGCUUGUCCUCCUGACCUUCAUGCUGUGUUUCACAUAAUGAAAGGGGAAGCUCUUUCCAUCUCCGAGAAGUAAGCAAGGCAAGGGCUACAGUGGGAGGCACUCCCAAAACAGAUGGGGAACUUUUAGAGCCCUAUAAUCAUCAGCUAAGCUGCUUAAGUUUUGCUGUUUGCUCCAUACCAGCAGUUUAUAUCCAGCUAGAAAGAUUUUAUUUCAUUGAAGCUUACAGGGAACAAUUAAAAAAAAACAAAAAAAACCCUUUUCACCCACCAGGGUUUAUUCUAGGUUGUGUGUGUGUGUACUCAUACUGGGGAAGCAAGGUCACACACAAGUGCAAUAGCAGGACGAAGCACACAUUAACUUUUCAUAAAAGGCGCUUAUGCAUCAGAUAUAGCAUUGGCCAUCUAUGCAGCAGUCCUAAGCAACCUUCUUGGCAGGUGUGACUGAAACAGAAAACUGGCUUGUGAGUGAACAUGCACUGGGUUGUUCUGCCAAUAGCUGCAAGCGUGAUUUCCAGCUGCUCCAUAUUGACCUGGGACCCAUUAUCCCAGAGAUAAUAAACAAUGGGCGGCUGGCAAAAUCUCAUGAGUGGACUUGCACGACAUCCCAUUCCUCUCGUUUGCCCUGCAGACACACAGCUUUGCAGGAUCCCCCAGCCCCCCACAGCCGAUUUUUGGGGUGCACAUGGGACAGCAGUUCACUGUUGUAUGAAUGAAUGUCUGCCCCACUCACCCCUGGACAUUAUUGGAUUUCCUCUGAUGCACUUUUAAACGGCUGACUCACCCCUUGCAUGUGCAAAUGAACGAGGGAAGAGAGUCAGCAGCACCUAAUUAGGCUGUGGAAGCUUCCAGCCUCUUAUUGGUUCACAGUAUAGUUUGUUAACUGUCUGGCAGGCCUUUAAAAAAAACCCUGGAGUCAUAUCAGACUGGGUCUUGCCUAUUAUGUCAUUGUCCCCUAACCUCCCUAUGCCAGCUUACCUGAACUUUCUGCUCCAGUCCUCCCUUGUCUUGCUUCAUGAACUGCUACAGAACUUUCUCACACCCCAACCUUUGUUUCCUCUUCCCCUCUUUAUGGGACUUGCCUCACCCCUAAAUUUACGAACUAUGAAGUAUGCCAUCAAGCCAACCUGGCUUCCAGCCUUCAGCUGAUAACCAAGCAAAUGUCUGCUGUGCAAAAUACCCUCCAGAACUCUAGGCCUACAGCCCAGCUCAGUCACAAGUACAGUGGUACCUCAGGUUAAGUACUUAAUUCGUUCCGGAGGUCCGUUCUUAACCUGAAACUGUUCUUAACCUGAAGCACCACUUUAGCUAAUGGGGCCUCCCGCUGCACCGCCAGAGCACAAUUUCUGUUCUCAUCCUGAAGCAAAGUUCUUAACCCAAGGUACUAUUUCUGGGUUAGUGGAGUCUGUAACCUGAAGCGUAUGUAACCCGAGGUACCACUGUAACAAUCUAGAUUGCUGCUUGCGUAAUCCUUGCUGCAGAAGCAAAAUCACCAAGGAGCACCUUCGCUGCCCAGAGGAGUUUAAAAUAGCUCUGAGGAAUUGCUCCACCAGUCAUGCAGUUGCUUUGUUAGGAGAGAAGCAGAGAGCCCGUGGCUGUGAAGGUCAAGGAGCAUUUUGAAAAAUGUGGGCUUCAGCGGGACAGAAGCAAGCAAACUGGCCAUCCGUAGCAGAGCAGUCACGUCCAUUUUGCUCUCUGCGUGGCAAUCUCAGUCCAGGGGCCUCAGAUAUAGGGAGGGACGUCAUUCAUCUAGUUCAGGGAAUGCUUCUAGCAUUGGGGGCUGCAUUCCCUGUUGGGCAACCUUUGGGUUGCCGGGGGGGGGGGCAGAGGAAAAAUCUGGUCAAGCAAUAGGUGUAAAUUUUGUUGUUGUUGUUGUUGUUGUUGUUGUUGUUGUUGUUUGAAUUUAUAUCCUGCCCUAUACCCAGGGGUCUCAGGGUGGUUCACAGAAUAAAAUCAAGAUAUAAAAUCAAGAUUUAAAACCACAAAUACCUAAUAAAAAUAAAAACAGCAACCCAAUACUCCACCACACAAAAAACAACAUUUUAAAAGGGCAUAGGAUGUAAAUUGGAUCAACCAAAGGCCUGGUUAAAAAGGAAUGGUUUUGCCUGGUGCCUAAAGGUGUAUAAUGAAGGCACCAGGCAACUUCCCUGGGGAGACCAUUCCACAGAAGGGGAGCCACUGCAGAGAAGGCCCUUUCUCGUGUUGCCACCCUCUAGACCUCUCAAGGAGGAGGCACACGAAGAAGGGCCUCAGAAGAUGAUCUCAGGAUCCAGGAAGGUUCAUAUGGAAAGAGGUGGUCCUUGAGGUCUUGCAGUCCUGAGCUGUUUGUAGGUCAAAACCUCUUGUAAAGUAGAUUGGAGCCACGCAAACACCACUGAUUUCUACACGCAUGUCCAUGCACACAGGUAACCCUGCACCCAUCUGGAUAAGCAAGAAGCACCAUCACAGUUCACAGACAAAUUCUGGCUGAGCAGAAGCACUCAGAAGCUGGUGCAAAGUAGGGGCAGUGAUGGCGUGGCCCAGGGAGAAAGGGUGUCGUCUGCAGAGCAUCCUGAGCACCAAACCAAGAGGCCUGGAAGGUUCAGCCAACAGCAACAGAGCACUCAGGCUUCCCCACCAGUUAAUUCAAAUUAUUCAUCGAUCCUGAGCUCUGGAUCCAUCUGUUGCUCUGAAAUCUGGGUGUGGUCCUGGCCCACAUCCUGGCUUUGGGGUUCACAUUUCCAGCCUUUCAGGAUGUAGAAUCUGCCUGUGGAGGGAAAUCGGGAGGGUUGUGAUUUGUGGGACACAAGGGGAGAGUUUUGGAGCUACAAGAGCCGCAGAAAGCCUAGGAAAUUGAAAGAGAUGGUUAAAAGGACUUGAUGAAUUACUUCGGCCCCACGCUUUUAUUGCCAUUUUGUUCUCUGGAGAGAAAUGAGUUUCCUGAUCCGUCGUCGUGUUGGCGAUUUGUUUUCAUUAUCUCCAACUGGUAGCCUAUCUGUUCAGGUUAAUGUACUUGGGGAUCAGGCUGCCCACUCUCGCCAUUUUUUCACAGGCCAUCUCUCUCCCUCCCUCUCUGUUCAGUGUUUGUGAAGAGGUUCUUCUGCUUUCACAGCCACAGGGAGAGGGGAGAGUGCAAACUUGACAGCAGGCUGUUCUUUAAAAGGAGCUAUUUCCAUCCUUCCAUUUGUUCUUUUCUUCAGGACCUGGAGAAACGCUCAGCUGGGAGAAGCCAUGAUUGAGAGCCUCGAAGCCCAGGGACUCCAGCUGGCCAAGGAGAAACAGGAGUAUUUAGGUUGGAACUAACAGCCGCUAGUCCUCAGGGAGGAAUAGCGUAUCAGCAGCACAAAUCAGUAUAUGAUUAAUGCAUUGUAUCAUUUAUAGAGCAGCAUCAGUGUACAGUGUGCUUUAUAACAUGUUGUUGGGGGUGUGUGUGUGACAGGUGUAAUGACCCGCCCCCCAUAUGCAGCAUCCCAGGUGCUUAACUUCUUUCUGUAAUGAUGGCUGAGUUAACAGUUCUGCCUGUGUACCUUCAAGACCUCAUCGCCAGUGACCUCAAUUAAGCAGCAUGUUCUACUAAGCUAUUACAGCAGACAAAAAUAAAGCAGAGUUAAUGAGUGCCUUGGGAGCGCAGACCAUUCCUAGGUUCAAAGAAAUUCGUUUGAUGUUGUGAUGGAAGCUUCCAAGUUAAUGUGACGGGGGGGGGGGCAUUUUCAGGAGAACAUUUCCCGCUCCUGUUGCAGUCUGACAUCGAGAUCAAGUAGGGAAGGCCUUUGCGGUGCCCCUCCUAUGUCGAAGCACAGGGACAGAGCAUUCCAGACUAUAGGAAGACAGCAUAAUUUAUGCAGGGUAAAUUAUGCAAAUGUAACUAAUCUCUAGCCCAAACUCUGUUCGGGAGUGGAGCUACUACUGACAGAUGUGGGGCAGUUUGACUUACACCACCUUUUUUGGCAGUGUAACUUCUGGGUUGCAAGGUCACAUAUGUCUGAGUGACUGGAGUUUGGAAUGGGGGAGGGGUAAUAAAAUAAAUAAUAAUAAUAAUAAUAACUCAUCUGCCAUCUGACUGGGUUGCCUCAGCUACCCUGGGCAGUUUCCAACAGAAUAUUAAAUACUUCCUUCCCCUCCCCCAGAAGGCCUCUUCUUUAGGAAUUCACCCUGGCUUGGGCUUAGUCGUCUUGGGCUGAAUCCUGACUGAACCCGGAUGCGGGACUUAUACUAGCGUAUCUUUGGCCAAGCAUCCCCAAACUUGGCCCUCCAGAUGUUUUUGGGACUACAACUCCCAUCAUCCCUGACCACUGGUCCUGUUAGCUGGGGAUGAUGGGAGUUGUAGUCCCAAAACAUCUGGAGGGCCGAGUUUAGGGAUGCCUGUCUUUAGCUGAUGGAGGAUGGGGGACUGGUAUAGUCCAGGCUCAGCCAGCUCAACCAUCUAUCCCAAACUGUGUUCAUCCUGGCAAAUCUUGGGUUUCGAUUGCUGAGGCCAGUUGGGGUAAGGGGCUGGGCUUUCUGAGUGGUGAAUUAAUAGAAUGGAAUCAGGAAAUGGGAAAUUUAAGCACCUCCCACCCACUUGUUCUCCUGCAAAUCCCAUCCUGAAACAUUUGCAUGGGAGCUGGGAACACUGUGCUGUUGUUUCACAGUGCCUGCUUCCUCCCCCAAGUGUAUGAACACAGUCAAAGCCCCUUAAGGACUAGGAGUGAGCCUUUUUCACUGCUUUGCUGCUGACCUUGUUCAGUGUGUACUCUUUUUAACCAUCCGUUAAAUGAAGGCAGUGAUGCCAUCCUACUUGAUGAGAGGGGUUGUAAAUCUAGAUACAUUAGUAGACAAUGACCCCCUUGAAAGGAAGGCACUAAAGGCUGAACAAGUUGUUGUUGUCAUCUAUAAUUCAUUUGGCAGGAGACUGGUGGGAGACGAGAACACAUGAAAGCAAUCUCAUCAUAGUAAAUUCAAAUAAUCACAGCACAAUUUGCAAGAAGCAAGGGUUCUCACUGUGCUGUGUUUCAAGGUCCAUGCAAUUUCUGUCCAACUGUCUUAAGCAAUUUGCUUGCAUUCACUUUUCUCUGUCUGUUUGCAGAUAAACUGAUGGAAGAGACGGAAGAGCUGUGUCUACAGAGGGAGCAGAGAGAGGUUUAUUCUCCUCCUUUUAACUUUCUGACUUUGUUUAUUGACAACAUGUGUAAGAGCAAGACUUCCAUUUAAUGCAUUAGAAACAAGUUGCAUUUUUUGCCUCCCCGCCUCCAGAGGUUUAGAGUGAAGGGCGUCUGGGGUUUUAGGAAAAUCUGUAAUAAUAAAAUUAUGGGGCAGUUUGGGGUCCAGUGAUUGUACAGUAUCAUGAUCUCUUCUUAGGGUGAAGGCAGAUGCAACACUUUUAAUGGCUUUCCUGGAAGCACACCAACGUCAUUCUAUCUAAAUAUAGAUAGAAUAUUGGGGGGGGGGGGAUAGUUCGGCAAGUUUUGAAGCACUAGCUGCUUUUCACACCAUGCCUCAUCAUUGCAUCAAUAAAUUUUCCCCAGAUCAGUUUGCACGUCACAAAUGAUUAUUUUUUAAAAAAUCAAUCAAUAAAUGAAUAGCAGAAAAAUACAAGAAUGUUGUUCAGUUUUUAAAUUUUUUUUAAAAAGUGGUCAUCCUGGACAAACCUUGAUGACAUCUCUUUAAAGCAGAAGUGGGGAGCCUGUGGUCCUUCAGCUGUUGCUGGACUACAGCUCCCAGUCAUCCCUCCCUGACCAUUGGGCAUACUGUUUGGGGCUGAAAGAGUCAGGCCGCAGCCGGAAAGCCACAGGUUUACCCUCCUUUCCUAAAAUUCUCUAUGGAGAGCACUUCUAUAUUGGAAAUUAUAAUAUGGUUGUCCCUACUGAUCACUGAACGUACGGACUUGUAUUGUGCAUUUGUUGCUGCAUAUGCACACAUUGGCUGCAUUCUCGCUUUACCCUUAGUCAUAGUUUGUUUUAACUAUAGUUUGUUAAAUAAACUGGAUUAAAUCUUGCACACAGGCAAAGGAACUGUUGCUUUAUUUCACCCUAUCCUGGUUUUGUUUUCAAAAUGCUCUGGCCUUGCACCUCUGUAGCCUAGCAGUCAUCUGGGGUGGGGAACCACAAUGUGCCAGGAUAGUGGGUUCAGACACAAAGAGAAACUAAAGUUAACUCACCCCUAAAUUUGUAAGCCAUCUUUAAAACAUGGUUUCAUGUUGUGGUUUGUUGGCUACAAACACACCAUAGUUAGCUAACCAGAGUAGGUCUAGUCAUAGUUCAGUUUCACAAACUUAGAUGGCUUAGAUUCAUUGAGAACCAGGCCACGAUGAAAGUGUGAUUUGCUACUACCUCCUUCUGUGUGUUUGCAUACAGCAAAUGCUGUGUGAUGUUACCUGUGCAAGGUUUGUGUUGUCUUCUACAUGGAAGUGUUUUCCACAUGUGAGCACCUGACACAGUACGAGAUAAGGAACUUUGCAGCCUUUUGGGCUUUCCAUGUACCUCCUCCUCUUCUCUUUUAAGGCUCUGGAGCACCUCAACCAAGUACUGGAGGCAGAGAAGCAGCAGUUUGAGGAGGUGGUGCAAGAUUUGCGAGUGGAGCAAGAGCAGAUUAAACGGUAAUAGUGCCUGAACUCUGAAGCGGCCUGGUGAAAAAGUGGGUCCUUUCAUUGGCAGCUAGGGGUGAUUAUCUUGAGGGAAUGGCCACCUUAGUAAGCCCUCACUGAAAGCCCUUAUUUCCUGGUACAUCCCAUUGCUUCUUAACUAUCCUUGUGUCCUCCAUUGGCCUAGUUCUUGUAAAUUGACCUCCAUAUAAUAUCAAUACAUGUAUGCUCCUCCUUUGGCAAUUUGGGCUCCUCUUUUGGAUAUGGCCUUCAGGUUUUUCUUGUGCUCAGAAUGACUUUCCUAAUCUGAAGUUAAUAAGCCUUAAAUUUUGCUAUUCUUCCAAGCAGCAUUUUUACCAGACGCUGUCUUUCGGCACACAGCUGCAAAAUAUUUACCCAACUCCAGUAAUAGUUACCUUAGUGCUGUCAUGGUGAACGUGCAACUUGCAAGGUUGUUUCUUGCAAAGCCAGGCCCACCUGCCCAGACUCCCCCAACCAGCUGUGCUGACCAAGGUUGAUGGGAAUUGUAGUCCCAAACAUUUGGAGGGCACUAGGUUGGCGAAGGCUGCAUGAAUCAAAAUUUCUUGCUCCAACUGGUUGUUUUCCAGGGAGCUGGAGAUGACUGCCCAGUCCCUCAAAGGAGUGGAGGAGGAAAAGAAAGGACUCCGAAACCUGACAGAGACAUUGCAGAAGACCCUGGAAGUAGGUGUCUUACUUUCCACCUCUCUCCAGAUGGCAGCCUUUAAGAUCUAGCAACUGUUUUCUAUGGAAAUCAUUUCAGAAUGAGUUUUUAAUCUAUACAGUAAGAACUAAAAUCUUAAGGCUUCAAGGAAAGAUGUUUUGCUUAUAGCACAAUUCCCUUAUUCAUGGCAGGGAUGUUGUAGGAGAUCGUACAAUGGACUCCUGGGCUUUUUGAAAUACAUUUUGUUUUCAUACCCAGUUUUCAUUUCCUGAACCAAUACAUGAACCAAAACUCUUUGAACAUUUCAUUCUUUGAAAUGUUGCACUUCUCUAAAUUUUGGAAUGCUGCUUACCAAUCACAAAAGGCAUCCCAAAGUGUGUAUACUUGGCAAAAUUGCAUUAUUUUAAGAGAAAUGUGCUUGAAAAUGUAUAUGAAUUUUGAUGCCGUUUUCAUUUUUAAAAACCGCAAAGAGAUGUGGAAAUGGGAAAAACAGAUGUCAAGACUGGAAAAAAAUAGAAAUAGACACUGAAAUCAACAAAAUCGUCUAUCAACAAAUUAAUUUACCUCCAAUAAAACCAUUUCCUCUUGGUAUAAUUGUCUUGGAAAGUCACUCUCAGAAUUAUGGGUUUUCUUUGACUUUGUUCACAUGGUACAUUUCCCAUGUAAUCUCAAGGGUUGCCUGCCUAAAUGCUGAAUGAGAGAGAAAUUAUGCUGGUCAAGUUUCUUCUGUUACUGAGAUGCAGUGAUGAGAAGGGGUCAAGCUGCAAAGUUUCUAUUUGACAAGGGUGUGUUUAAAGGCACAGGACUGCUAUCAAGGGAAAUGUAGCGACUCUACUUUUCAUACUGCAACUAAAGGCUCAUCCACACUUGGCUUGUCCCAUUCCUAGCAAGCAAUUGGUUCUCUGCUUGCCCCGUGCUUUUUAGACACAGGUUCAAGUGGUUUUCCAUAUGCCCUGCCACUUUCCCCAGGAAAACCUGCUCAUUCCUGCUGAAUCAGAGAAAACAUCCAUCCAUGGAAAACCCAAUUGAUGUUUGCCCCGAUUCAGCGGUAAAGAGCAGGUUUCCCCAGGGGAGAGUGGCAGGGAAAGAGGAAGUGUGGACGAGCCCCCUAUGUGAACAGAAAGUAAGGGGUAACCAAUCCAACCUGUUUGUGUGGCUUGAAGGCGCUCUCCCUGGAAAAGCAACGGACUCUGGAAAUGCUGGAAGAGAACCAGAGCGAGUUGCAGCCCCCGACCAGCCCGAGCUGUGAGCAACCUGAUGCUGCCGGGGGUCUGCAGAGCAGCUUGCACCAGAUCGAGGAGAAAAUGCACCAGCUGCUGGAGGAGAAACUCCUGGCUGAGAAAAGGUGAGGGAUGGGGUGGGGAGGAGAGUCUUCCAAACAGACAGGAUUCCCUGUUUGCAACCUGGUUGAUGGUUGAAAGAAGCGGGCGACUUGGCAUCUGUGGCUUUUUGUAUCCAUUCCUCUCUUGACUCUGUGGCUCCUGCGAUCUUGUGUCAUCCCACAGGCAGGAGAGGGAGUGGGAAAAUGGGGGCAGAGGAGGGAAUGGGCCAAAGAGGAGCCACUUCUGUCGUGUGGAAGGAUUUAAAGGUAUAGAGUCAAUCUGGGGGUUGCAACCUGGCAACUCUAGAAACACAAAAGAGGCAGAGGAAUGGGGACAACGGCUGAAUGUGUCUCUGGUGCUGCUUUGCAGGAUGAAGGAGAAUGAAGAACGCUCCCGAGCUCUGGAGGAGGAGCGGGAGUUCUACUCUUCCCAGUCGCAGGCCUUGCAGAAUUCGCUCUCAGAGCUGACCGCUGAGAAGCAGCAAACCGAGCGAGAUCUCAAGGUACUGAUAGCUGGGGAUUCAGUUCGAUCUGAUUCAGCUUGCAAUUAAAGGGGAGUCUACCUAAUUUGCCCUUUCCCAAACCAUACGAGAACUGGAACACAGCCAUCCUGUGAGCCAUUCAGAGAAAUUACACUUCCCUGAAUGUUGCAAUCCCAAGUAAUGUGACAAAAAUGCAUAUAUUGAGCCAAAGCAAAAUGCAUAUAUUAGUGAAAAUGACAUUAAAAAUGCAUUAUAUUUGGGAGAAUUGCUUUGCAAAUAUGCAUAUAUUGGACAAAAUUGUAUACAAACCUUUAUAUUGGCAGAAAUUUGUACUUAAAUGCUGAUAAAUGUUCAUGAGGACUUUUUAAAUAUAUAUAUAUCACCAGCUAAUGUGGAAAUGUGCAUAAUUGUACUUAAGAUUGGAAAAAUGAGAAACUGAGAGAAACUGAAAUUGACUGAUUCACCCAUCUCUACUGAUAGCAUAGAGUUGUACACCAAUUUGGCUUCUGCUUUAGGCUCAGCAAACAAUCUCUUUAUCCUUCGCUCUCUCUUGCCAACAGCUGAAGGUAUAUUCUUUGUUCAAAAAGUUAUAUGGCCUAUUCCUACACACAUAACACAUGAACUUCACAAUAAAAGCAAUAUAAAAGAAAGGUAUACAUUGGGAGCCAAGUAACCUACCCCAGGGCACCAAACGUUAUGAAGGACACUCCUCUUUCCUCAAAGGUCUCUCACAAUUGCGUUCCUCCCAGUACUUUCACACAGAAUGUUGACUGGCAUGGCCCAAAAAACAUCUUUUAAAUAGAUAAAUACAUAUCCUAGAUGAACAACCUAUAUACAGUGGUACCUCGGGUUACAUAUGCUUCAGGUUACAUAUGCUUAAGGUUACAGACUCCGCUAACUCAGAAAUAGUACCUCAGGUUAAGAACUUUGCUUCAGGAUGAGAACAGAAAUCGUGCUCCGGUGGCACAGCAACAGCAGGAGGCCCCAUUAGCUAAAGUGGUGCUUCAGGUUAAGAACAGUUUCAGGUUAAGAACGGACCUCCGGAACAAAUUAAGUACUUAACCCAAGGUACCACUGUAAUACAAUCCAUACCAUAAUUAAAUAAAUUAUGUCUGAAAUUAUGCAUACAAGUUCCCGGAUGUGCCUUAGAAGAAGACAAGGAAAGAGAGAGAGAGAGAGAGAGCAAAAGGAAGGAAGGAAGGAAGGAAGGAAGGAAGGAAGGAAGGAAGUCCUUGCUUACGUUUUGUCUUUUGGUGUUUUGUUUCUUUCCCUGGGUUAUUUUUAUUGGUUGGUUGAGGGCUGCCUGAUUUCCUUCCUGCUCAGGCAGAGGUGAAGGUUCGCAUGGACCUGGAGAAGCGUUUACAGGAGGCUGAGGAGGCCCUGCAGAGCCUGGAGCAAGGCCUGAACUGCAAGCACCGUAACAAAGAGAAGGAGGAAAAAAUGAAAGCCGACGUCAGCAAUCUGAAAAGUAAGCAAGCCAUAAUUUAUCUUGCCUUCCCCAACACGUCCGGUGCCAUCACCCCAAAAAUCCAGAUGAACACCUGAAAGCAGAAGCCUACUGUUAAUCCUAGUCAGCCAGAACUGAAUCUCCUCAAGGAGAUUUUCCAAAAUGCUACAUCCGCCUGAACUGAGGCUGCCUAAGGCACAUAUUAACUGGCUCCCUUGGGUGUCUCUUCCCUGCAGAAUUCUUUGAAGAGUGCAUCCGAAAUGCUGAAUUGGAAGCCAAGAUGCCUGUGAUCAUGAAGAACUCUGUGUACCUCCACAAGGCGGCCACUCGCAGGAUAAAAAGCUGCCGUUUCCAUCGCAGGAGAUCCAGCAACUCCUGGCUUGAUUGUAGGUGCUAUUCCCCAUAUUCUCCUAUGGCCUGUGGGAUUGCGUUGUGGGGUGCCAAGUGCAGGUUUUGCAGGAGCCCUGCCUUUUGCUAAGACCAGCUCUGACACCCCUUUCCCUUUCAUGCUCUGUGACGUACACAUCACGCUCUGGCUCUGAUGGGCCUGUGAGCCCCUGUGGCUGAGUGAGUUGACCUUUCUUCUUUGGCCUUUGCACUGAAUUAUGUGCAUACAAUGAGGUCUCAAGGCCACACUUCCUCUUGUCCCUUGCCUAGAAAGCAUCAGUCCAAGAGGUUUUCUGCUUGUCUUGGGCUUCCUAGGCAUGUGUCUGAGCAGUUUUUCGUGUGUCCCACUGCUUUUCCCAGGAAAACCCACUGCUUACAAAUGAAUUGGAACAAAUUUUCCAGUCUUCAGAAAAACCGAUUGAUGUUUGUUCUGAUUCAGCAGUAAACAGCAGGUUUACCCCGGGGGAAAGUGGCAGGACAAGCAGUUGUGUGGACGAGCCCUCAGUCAUUUCUGCUAAACACCACCUAGGUCAAACUUUAUCAUAAUAGCUUCCAGAUUCAACAACCCCAUUCCUCACCUGGUGUGGCUCUCUACCAGCACUAAGUGUUGUGUGCUGUUUUCAUUUUCAGUGCGGCAGUCCCAGUCGUUCAUGUAUUCGGAGGCCGAGAGCAUAGAAGACCUGAAGCAAGCGGCCAAGAGGCUGACUCAGGACCAGCACUUCCGGGAGACCAUCUAUCAGAUCAUGAUAUCACGCCAGAGCUCCUCCUCAGGCAACAAAAAGUGAACUUUUGCUCCUUCUCUUGGGAGGGAGAGACCGAACUCAGCUUGCCACCAUUCCACUCGGCCAAAAACCAAAUUGUUGCGACGAGGAGGCGGAAUUGAGAUGCCAGCUGGCAGUGCGCUCUUUCUGAGGGAAUGAUGGGCGGUGACUAGAACACUCUCCAUUGGUGGAGGUUGUGGUUUGCCGCCAUUCCUGAGGGGAGAGGAGCUGUUUUGCCAAGCAUGUUAUGACUUGUCUGCCAGCUGCCCCGUCCCAUCAGCUGAGACUCCCAGUUAGAUGUGCUUUGUCAAUACUCCAUAGUUUGCCUCAAAUCAAAACCACAGCUUACUCUUAAAGAAUGUUUGGCUAAACCUUUCAGACUAGGGGACUAGUUUGAUCUCCAGUUACACAAGAGGAGAGUCUUUUUGUCAUUGUGGUGAGAGGAAUGAUAUUCCUAUUCUGCUUCCUUGGGUUUCUGGUUGAAUAUGCAAGUAUGACCAAAACGCUCCUCAGCUUAUGUGCAGGCAGUUCCCCUAAGCAUAGGGUGGCUACUUAGGAGACAGUUAUCUGUAUUUAUUCUGCUUUGGCUGCAAAAACUACAUGUUUCUAGUAUACCAUUUUUGUGCUUCCCACUUCCUCAGAGUGACAGGACAUUUCAAGGGCAGCCCUCCACAGAGUUGGUUCUCUUGCAAGGCAAGAGGUCUGAGGACUUAACAGGCUUUUUAUGGGGUUUGUUUACAAAUUCACAAGCAGGGCAGGGUGGCGGCAGCAGAUAGACAUUGCUACACUUUUGAAGCUAUUUAAAACAAUAGGAUACCUUUGUAGCUUUCCCAAGGCUGCUUCUUGCUAGCCAGCGGCAAAAUUUACCUUGUCUUAUUUAUUGCCCAAAUUCAGGUGGCUCCCUCCCCUCCUGGCUUUCCUCAAUAAGCACACAGUAUUAGCAUCUGAACACACUUUGCUGUCGGUGAGGCCUGCACAUCCCAGC